AUGGACGGCAAUGACCGUCGGCGCACCCAGUAUGGACCACCAUACCAAUCACAUGCGCCAUCGCGCCCUCUACCAGGAGAAGCCAUGGGUCCACCCUCAGGCGAUAGGUUUACACAGCCAGCAACGCCAGCGAGAACGGAUAUUGGGAGACCUUCAAUGACGCGACCAUAUCUUUCGGGCUAUACUGGCUAUGGAUAUCAAGAGCCGCAGUAUGGGAGCUCCCACCUGCAGAGUAGUAGCCCGAUGCAAGGAGUUGAGAUGCAAUACUCACCCGCAUACCUGUCGCAGGCAUCCAGACAGCAACAAGUCCAGGCCUCUCCAUCCCAACAACAGCACCAGCCGUUUUCGCAGUACGCCGCCUCCACCAUGCUUCCGCCAGUGGGACCACAGGGUCUUUACGAAAGCAUCCCUUUCCAGCAGCGACAGACGGCACUCGAGGUGAUGACAAGCCAAUUUGCGAUGCCCCAGUACAUGCAGCAGAGCGAGCAUGCAGGAGCGACGUUGAGUUCCGGCCCGGCUCAGUACCUGACUUCUCAACCGGAGCAGAGCAGCUAUGGCCAUGUGGCUGUGACUCGACCACCUAUAGGUCAAUCUUAUGCUGCGGGGCAUGUCGACUUUCCUGUCAUGGAACAAGCGGAGCCAGAAGCUCCAGCUGUAUUGAGCGGCGUCCAAGCAGCGCUCGAACAGGGUCUGCGAGACUACCACCAGCAGCUGAGGGCCACUUUCGAUGCGAUCAUUGCGGGCAGAGUAACAGCAGCCAGCGAGAAACUGCUUGCUCUCUCUCGGUGGCUGGUCAACUCUGUGACUGCUUUGGGUCUGCACCAUGACGACGAGACGAGACAUGCGGAGCGCAUUGACUUCUGGCGAGAAUUGAAUCUAUGCUGGGAGGCUCUGGGACAAAAGCAAAAAGAAAUCACAGAAGAAGCCUUGAGAACAAAGAGACAACCUGUGGAUGUGCUCUCGGCCGAAGCGGUGACGAGUUUGGUAGAGGAAUUGGUGAGCAUGUGCGAUCAACUCGAACAGUAUGGACUCGUCGACUUUGAAAUGGGCAUCUGGGAAGAGCAGAUUGUCCGCAUCUUCUCAGUCUGCCUCGACCUCCUGCCUCGUGGUGGACUCAAACGACAAUCAAACGAGAGCCCAAGCUGA